AUGGCUGCCUCCAACUCCAUUUUCACCGCCGCUCCGUCGCGAAACCUUACAUGCAUCGCUCUUCAACAGUCUCCACUGCUAAGUCAUCCACUCUCCAGAUCGAGCUCCGUCGCGUUUCGUCCCAAACGCCGAUCCAGCUCCCUCGUCUUGUGCUCCACCGAUGAAUCAAAGAGCACCGCAGGGAAAGAGAUCCCAAUAGAACUCAGGUACGAGGCUUUUCCAACGGUGAUGGACAUCAAUAAGAUUCAAGAGAUUUUGCCUCACAGAUUCCCGUUUCUGUUAGUGGAUAGAGUGAUAGAGUACACAGCGGGUGUAUCUGCGGUUGCUAUUAAAAACGUAACCAUUAAUGACAAUUUCUUUCCUGGGCAUUUCCCUGAGAGGCCGAUUAUGCCUGGAGUCCUCAUGGUUGAGGCCAUGGCUCAGGUAGGGGGUAUAGUGAUGCUGCAACCAGAAGUAGGCGGAUCCAAAACCAACUUCUUCUUUGCGGGAAUCGACAAAGUGAGAUUCAGGAAGCCAGUGAUUGCAGGUGAUACUCUGGUGAUGAGGAUGACGCUUGUGAAGCUGCAGAAGCGGUUCGGGAUAGCGAAAAUGGAAGGGAAAGCAUACGUAGGGAGCUCUGUGGUGUGCGAAGGAGAGUUCUUGAUGGCUAUGGGAAAAGAAGAGUGA